CAUUUCUUUUUUUGUAACAGGCUAACAGGCAAUGAUCAAAAUAGUCCACCUUAUCCAAGAAAACCGCAACAUCCUACUGGUCAUCCCCCCAAUGGAUUAAACAGGACAAAUAUAGCCGCUGUAGAGCCUUAUAAUCAUGUUCCUUUGCAACAAAGUCAACAAUCUCGAAAUAAUGUUAGAACCGGAAGCGUCGAUAACACAAAUUAUCAUCCUGCUUACCAACAACAAACGAAUCACAUCAAAGCUGAUGUAGAGCACCAGCACUUUACUGAAAAUCAUCACGAUUCCAAUCCGAACAAAUUAAAUAAGCAAGAGGAUAGUGAUUUAUUGAAGGAUUUUGCGGUAUCUAAAUCGGAUCCAAAGUACCAAACCUUGCCGUAUAACACCAAAUUUACGGUGAACAUCGUUCCUAAUCGAGCAGGAGGAGUCAAGCAGGAAGGAACGGAAAUUUUAAAUCAAAACGAGGCGGAUGUAAAGAAUGAUGGUGUCCAAACUCAAUUGGUGAAUGGAACUUUGCAAUCUCCUUUUGCUGUAACUGUGCAUAGUGCUCCUCUAAAUAUACUCAAUAAAAGUAUUGCAACUCCUGUUAGUCAAACGGAUCUGAUUAAUAGGAAAAAUGGGGAAAAAGAUGGGUUUGAAAGGAAUCAAUUAACUAAUGGACCAGUUAAUACUAGUGUAAAUAAUUCUUUAGUUCCUUCAUAUCAAAAACCAAUAAGUAGUGUGGCGCCCACUUCUGUACAUAACAAUGGAAAAUUAUCGAAUAUUUAUCAAACUUCAUCAAUAAAAGUGCAACCUGUUGAACCACAAACUCUUAGUGGAAAUCACAAACAAAUAUCAUCACCUCCUGUAAAUACAUUUUCUCAAUCCUUAGCUUUAUCCCCACCUCAAUCAACAAGUACACCGAAUAGUACCCCCGAAAUAAACGUUGAUAAAUCGAAACCUGCUCUUCCCCCAAAACCCGCUAUAAAACCACCACCAAGACAAACACAACUAUCGAACGACGAAAACCUUCAACCACCUCCACUACCAAUUUCGGACCCACCAGAUGACAAACAAAAUUUGGGCCAAAAACCGAAAUUUAAUACUCCAACAGUUAGUAAUCAAAUGAAUCAGUUGCAAAAAAGUUUUUCUUCGUCAGUUUUAAUGAGUAAUUACUCGGGAAAUAACGAUAACAUGCCGAUUAUAAAAGCAAAACCUUUAACAAUUAAAAAACAAGCUUUAACCGAACAACCGAAAUUAAGAACGGUAAAUUCUUAUAACAAACUAAACGGAAUUAAUUUAAACACGCGUAGAAUCGAAAUACCACCGUCGUUUAAUUACGACCCACAAAUAAUUCAAGACAACCAAAAUCAUCAAAAAUCAGAAAACCUCGAGAAUCACCCGUCAGAAAUUAUUAAAGAUAAACUCCCCACAGACGAAACCGAUAAAUCUUCAAUCGAAGACAACGAAAUUAAAGACAUCAAAGAUACGAAACCAAUUAUUGAAGGGGUCGUCCGAAGGUGUAAAAAGGGCAAUUUAAAACAAACCGCAAAACCUAAUUUAUCAAGACGCGUGAGUUUCGAUCCGUUGGCACUUUUAUUGGAUGCUAGCUUGGAAGGUGAAUUGGAGUUGGUGAAGAAAACCGCUUCUCAAGUAACUAAUCCAAGCGCGGCUAAUGACGAAGGGAUCACCGCUUUACACAAUGCUAUUUGUGCGGGUCAUCUUGAAAUCGUUAUGUUCCUAGUUGAAUUUGGGUGCGAUGUUAACGCUCAAGAUAGUGACGGAUGGACACCUUUACACUGUGCUGCUAGUUGUAAUAACGUUGCGAUGGUUAAAUUUUUAGUUGAACAUGGUGCGUGUAUUUUUGCUACAACCCUUAGCGAUCAUGAAACGGCUGCCGAAAAAUGCGAAGAGGACGAAGAAGGAUUUGACGGAUGCUCUGAAUAUCUUUAUAGUGUUCAAGAAAAACUUGGAAUUCUUUCGGGAGGAAUAGUUUACGCAGUUUUCGAUUAUAUGGCACAACAACCGGACGAAUUAAGUUUUACAGCUGGUCAACAAUUGACUGUGCUUAGAAAAGGAGAUGAAAGUGAACGGGAAUGGUGGUGGUCGAGGUUGGGUGAUAAAGAAGGAUACAUACCUAGAAACUUGCUUGGAUUAUAUCCAAGAGUUAGCAAAACCGAGGAUUAACGAAAUCAACAAAAUUUGGGUUAAACCAACGAUCGCCUUUGCUCAAUAUAUAAACAUAUAUUGCAUGUAGUAAAGGUAUUGAAAGUCUAUUUCUGUUCCCGCAAUUUUACGUUUUUGGGUUUUAUUCCAUUAUCAUCGCAUUGUUAUACAACCCCCUUUGAAGAAUGAAUGUGUUUGGAUGUUUAUUAUUUUUUUUUUUGAAUAGUUUUAUGUACUUUAUAUAGUUUGUUGCUUUGAUGCGCUUUCUGGCAUCCGUUUUUAAUAUAUUUUUCGAAUUGUGUAAAUAUAUAAAUAUGAACAUAUUAUAUGAAAA